CUUAACUAUCAAGUCUCAACCAACCUUUGUUUCCAUGACACUGAUUGUUUCCACAAUUCAAUUCGCUCUUUUCUCUUUCAACCGCUUCUUCUCAUUUGAUCGGAUUUUAUUUUACACAAACAUGUUGCGUGCAGCAUCAUUCUCCAGGUUCAGCUUCUCUCUUCAUAUUGUGCCCUAUGUUUUCCCUUUUCGCUGUUCAAUGUCAAGCCUUCACUCUCACUCUGAGCUCACAUCCCCACGCCAUGUUGAUGAAGCUGUUGAUUCCUUCACUCGCAUGCUCUCUAUGCGUCGCCCUCCAUCCAUCAUCCAAUUCACCAAGAUUUUGGGAUCUCUUGCCAAGACCAACCAUUUCCCCACCGCCAUUUCCCUUUUUCAGCAAUUGCAAGCCAGGGGAAUCGCUCCCAACUUAUUUACUUUGAAUAUCUUAAUCAAUUGUUGCUGCGGCAUGGGUCGGAUCACUCUCGCUGUCUCUGUAUUCGCAAAGAUUUUCAGGAUGGGUUUUCAGCCAAAUACAAUAACAAUGACUACACUCAUUAAAGGUCUCUGUCUCCGUGGUAAUGUUGAAAAAGCACUGCACUUUCAUAACAGAGUGCUGGCUCAUGGAUUUCAGUUUAAUCAAGUCACGUAUGGGACCUUGAUUAAUGGACUCUGUAAGACCGGACACACAUCUGCUGCUAUUCAAGUGUUGAGAAAGAUCCCACAGUAUGGGAUUGCUCCUGAUGCCGUCAUGUACAACGCAAUUAUUGAUAGCUUGUGCAAGGUUACGCUUGUAAGUGAUGCUUUUCAUUUAUACUCCGAAAUGCUUGCUAAGGGAAUCUCUCCCAAUGUUAUCACUUAUAACACUCUAAUUUAUGGAUUGUGCCUUGCCGGCCAACUUAAGGAAGCCAUUGAUUUACUAAAUCAUAUGAUGCUGAAAAACAUUACUCCAAAUGUUCGUACCUAUAGUACUUUGAUUGAUGGACUAUGUAAGGAGGGAAAUAUCAAAGAUGCUAAAAGUGUGUUGGCUGUGAUGACAAAAGAUGCUGUGGAACCAACUGUGGUUACUUAUAAUUGUUUAAUGGAUGGGUAUUGCUUGGUUAACGAAUUAAACAAGGCAAAAUGUAUAUUUGACACAAUGGCCCGGAUAGGAAUGGCUCCAGAUAUACAAAGUUACAAUAUUAUUAUUAAUGGGUUUUGCAAGAUAAAGCUGGUCGAUGAAGCAUUGAGUCUCCUUGAAGAAAUGCAUCGCAAGAACCUGGUUCCAAACACAAUAACUUACAAUACCCUAAUUGAUGGCUUGUGCAAAUCAAGGAGAAUCUCUUGUGCUUCCAAGCUUCUUGUUGAGAUGCAUAAUAAAGGUCAACCUGCUAAUAUAAUCACUUACAAUUCCUUGUUGGAUGGGAUGUUCAAUAUCAAACAACUUGACAAGGCACUUGUGUUAUUUAAUCAAAUGAAAGAGAGUGGCAUUAAUCCAGAUAUAUGGACGUAUAAUAUACUUAUUGAUGGCCUAUGCAAAGGUGGAAGACUUACAGAUGCGAAAGUGAUUUUUCAAGAUCUUCCCAUUAAAAACCAUCGUCCAAAUGUGAGGACAUACAAUAUUAUUAUCAAUGGGCUCUGCAAAGAGGGCUUAUUGGAAGAAGCAUUGGCCUUGCUGUCGGAAAUGGAGGACAAUGGUUGCUUACCAGAUGCUGUGACUUUUGAAAUCGUUAUUUGUGCUUUGUUUGAGAAAGGUGAGAAUGACAUGGCGGAGAAAUUUCUUCGGGAAAUGAUUGCUAGAGGCUUAUUGAACGGAAUCAACUCUCAACCAACCUUUGUUUCGAUGACGGUGAUUGUUUCCACCGUUCAAUUCGCUCUUUUGUCUUCCAACCCCUUCUUCUCAUCUGAUUGGAUUUUAUUUUACACAAACAUGUUGCGUGCAGCAUCAUUCUCCAGGUUCAGCUUCUCUCUUCAUAUUGUGCCCUAUGUUUUCCCUUUUCGCUGUUCAAUGUCAAGCCUUCACUCUCAUUCUCAGCUCACAUCCCCACGCCAUGUUGAUGAAGCUGUUGAUUCCUUCACUCGCAUGCUCUCUAUGCGUCGCCCUCCAUCCAUCAUCCAAUUCACCAAGAUUUUGGGAUCUCUUGCCAAGACCAACCAUUUCCCCACCGCCAUUUCCCUUUUUCAGCAAUUGCAAGCCAGGGGAAUCGCUCCCAACUUAUUUACUUUGAAUAUCUUAAUCAAUUGUUGCUGCGGCAUGGGUCGUAUGAAGCUUGCUUUCUCUGUAUUGGCCAAGAUUUUCAGGAUGGGUUUUCAACCUGAUACGAUAACAUUGAAUACACUUAUUAAAGGUCUCUGUCUCUGUGGUAAUGUUGAAAAAGCACUGCACUUUCAUGACACAGUGCUGGCUCAUGGAUUUCAGUUUAAUCAAGUAACUUAUGGCAUCUUGAUUAAUGGACUCUGUAAGACUGGACACACAUCUGCUGCUAUUCAGGUGUUGAGAAAGAUCCCACGGUAUGGGAUUGUUCCUAAUGUAGUCAUGUACAGUGCAAUUAUUGAUAGCUUGUGCAAGGUUACGCUUGUAAGUGAUGCUUUUCAUUUAUACUCUGAAAUGCUUGCUAAGGGAAUCUCUCCCAAUGUUAUCACGUACAACACUCUAACUUAUGGAUUGUGCCUUGUGGGCCAACUUAAGGAAGCCAUUGAUUUACUAAAUCAUAUGAUGCUGAAAAACAUUACUCCAAAUGUUCGUACCUAUAAUACUUUGAUUGAUGGACUAUGUAAGGAGGGAAAUAUCAAAGAUGCUAAGAGUGUGUUGGCUGUGAUGACAAAAGAUGCUGUGGAACCAACUGUGGUUACUUAUAAUUGUUUAAUGGAUGGGUAUUGCUUGGUUAACGAAUUAAACAAGGCAAAAUGUAUAUUCCACACAAUGGCCCAGAUAGAGAUAGGUAUGGCUCCUGAUAUCCGAAGUUACAAUAUUAUUAUUAAUGGCUUGUGCAAAAGUAAAUUGAUGGAUGAUGCCUUGAAUCUCUUUGAAGAGAUGCGUCGCAAGAACUUGGUUCCUGACACGGUAACUUACAGUACUCUAAUUGAUGGCUUGAGAAAAUCAAGGAGAAUCUCUUGUGCUUCAAAGCUUCUUGUUGAGAUGCAUAAUAAAGGUCAACCUGCUAAUAUAAUCACUUACACUUCCUUGUUGGAUGGGAUGUUCAAUGUCAAACAAGUUGACAAGGCAUUUUCGUUAUUUAAUCAAAUGAAAAAGAGUGGCAUUGGUCCGAAUAUAUUCACGUAUAAUAUACUUAUUCAUGGCCUAUGCAAAAAUGGAAGACUUAUAGAAGCAAAAGAGAUUUUUCAAGAUCUUUCCAUUAAAAACUAUCAUCCAAAUGUGAGGACAUACACUAUUAUGAUCAGUGGGCUCUGCAAAGAGGGCUUAUUUGAAGAAGCAUUGGCCCUGAUGUCAAAAAUGGAAGACAAUGGUUGCUUACCAAAUGCUGUGACUUUUGAAAUCGUUAUUCGUGCUUUCUUUGAAAAAGGUGAGAAUGACAUGGCGGAGAAACUUCUUCGGGAAAUGAUUGCUAGAGGCUUAUUGAACGGAUGAAUGAAGGUAAGAUACAUCAACUCAAAUUGAAACCACCUCUCUAUUGUUGCAGAAUAUGUAUCAUAGUUCUGUAAAUUCUGUAUUUGUUGGGUCAGAGAACUUUGGCAAUGCCAUAACAUCAAUACCACUGAUCAAUAUUAUGAUCAAUAGUCUUUCUAGUUUCUAGAGAGGGUCUGUUGAAGAUACAUUGGCCCUGUUGUCAAAAAUGGAUCAUGAUGGUUGCAUUCCUGAUGCUGUGACUUUUUAAACCAUUAUUUGAGCUUUGUUUGAAAAAAUCGUAUGGAUUAACAGGAACAAUUGAACGUCAUGCAUUUUAAAAACAUAAAGCUUGA